AUGACUUCCCUGACACAGCGGAGCUCCGGCCUAGUGCAGAGGCGGACCGAGGCCUCUCGUAGCUCUGGCGCCGACAAGGACGGAGGGUCCGGGGAUGAGGACUUCGAGCCCCGCCGCGGAGAAGAGCAGGAGGAGGAGGACAAGGGAGACUCCAAAGAAACUCGACUCACUUUGAUGGAAGAAGUGUUACUGUUGGGAUUGAAGGACCGCGAGGUAUAACUUAAUGACAUUUUAUUUUAUUAUAUUAUGUUGCUGCUAAAACCAUAUUAUUAUAGUAUUUAGCUGGUUAGGUAACGUAAGUUAACGUUACUCAAAGAUCUCAAACAAAAUUCACCUAACGGGCGCUAACCGUUAGUAGCUAACGUUAGCUACCGUAACUAGCUACAUUUUGUCAACAUCGAAUGAAUGCUAACGUUAGCUAGCUACAUACAGUAGGUAGUUACCUGAGGGGUAUCCUAACAAGGAAACUACAUCUACUCGGGGUUUUCUAAAGUUAACCAGCUUCAUCAUUCCAGCUCAGGCUUCAAACUGGACAUAUUUUUUUUUUAUCACUGGUUAGAGCACAACCUGCAGAAGACAUCUAGCUACAUUUUGAUUCAAGUGUGUCGCCAACGCGGCAAGUGUAACCCAACACUUUCUUUGAUAAUGUCCUCCAUCGAUGUCACACUGAAAUCAAUAGGACAGGGGGCAAACGUUUGGGGUGUAGCGUUUUAAACUAACUCUAUUCAAAGGCUACACGGAAACUUGAAAUAACCUAUACAUGGUUGGUUAAUGAGAAUUGACAGUAGGCUUAUAUCUAUAUUUUGGGAUGUUGGUUUCGGGAGGCUGCCAUCACGGAAAAGGUAACAAUCCACUUUUUCUGUUAAUUAACUGAAACUUAUCACAACACAACAUAUAUGUUAUCAACAGUGACUACGGUUGGCUGCUAUUUAAGUGAUGGUUUGAUUAUCAAAUCCAUGUAUUGGUGUGUGGCCGAUGACUUUUAUAGAGAGAAUAUUCAGUGCCAUUUCAUUAACUCUACAUUCCAAGUGGUUCUAAGUGUGUGACAAAAUCAACGGUACAAAACCAUAGAUAUGUAUCUGUUUUUAAGCAAUCUCAUGUCAUUGUGAUGAGUAUAAACGUUUAUACUAACAUCACCAAUCUGAGGUCAAAAGGAUGUGUAAUUCCACUACAUUUUAUGGGGUGAAAAUGCAAGCUUGUGUAGUACUGCUUUCACAUUUUUCACGUUUAUAUGACCCCCUUAUAAACAGGCCCAUUUUUACCACAUUCUUGCUGCAUGCUGGGGAUGAGUGGUAGAUGUGGGUGGGGUCUAUUUGAAUAAAUCCAUUGAGAAUAUAUGCCAUCAAAAAUAAAUCAAUGAUUAAUUAGUUUAGGCAGGUCCUAAGCAACAUUGACUAAUGUAUUUUUAAAAUAAUAGAAUAGCAUAUUUAGAGUUUAAUUAGGCCUAUGUUACAGGUCUGUGCAGCCAUGGCUGACCAUCCAAAUGAAAUCAAUAUGUUGUUAUUUUGUUAAUGAAACAGACAAGACACCUACCCGAUCAGUCAACACACUAGGGCUGUCCCUGACAUAAAUAAGUUGUCUGUUCUUUCACAUUCUACACAAUGUUUUUAAUCAAAUUAACUAUAUGCAUUGAGCUUGUCUGAUGCUUUAAGCUCACUGUGUGAUGAAAUAAGACACAAAUGACUCGAGGGAACCAGAGAUCAAGAUAACCAGAAUAAAAAAAACUUAACCUGACCCAACCAUCCUCCUCCCGCUCCUACUGGCUUUCGCAGAUUCUGCCGUUACUCUCCUGAAGUUGUCGGUAAUAGGGUAUACGAGGAGUCGGCAGGUGGAAUACCAGUCUGCGUGCCAGUUAUGGUUUUCAUAUACACAUCUUUGUGGAACGGUUUCAUUUCAUUUAUAGUAAUGUCUUCGUAUCUCAAAAUGAGAGAUGGCGCCGGAGGAGAUGGCUGCCGUUUUAUGGGCUCUUAACCAACCGUGCUAUUUUUUUCUCUCGCAUUGUUUGUAACUUACUUUGUUCACAAUGUUACUGCUACCGUCUCUUAUGACCGAAAAGAGCUUCUGGACAACAGAACAGCGAUGACUCACCUUGAACUGGACAAAUAAUCUUGCUUUAAUGAGUCGGAAGAGAGGAAUUUGCUCCAGACACCCGACAGGGACCUCAUCCCCGUCAUUCGCAGUAGAAAGAAAAUAAGAUAUCGCGGAAGGAGAUCGAGGUGUCUGGUAAGGCGCCGGCGACGAGUGGCUAAUCUGCCUUUGCCAUGGAUACUAUUGGCCAACGUACAAUCGCUUGAUAAUAAAGUGGACGAACUAGAAGCAUGUAUAUCCUACCAACGGGACAUUAACUGUAAUAUCUUAUGUUUCACCGAGUCGUGGCUGAACGACGACAUGAAUAACAUACAGCUGGUGGGUUAUACGCUGUAUCGGCAGGAUAGAACAGCAGCCACCCCUUGUCUUACCAGAGGCUGUCUAUGUAUAUUUGGAAACAACAGCUGGUGCACGAUAUCUAAGGAAGUCUCGAGGUUUUGCUCGCCUGAAGUAGAAUAUCUCAUGAUAAGCUGUAGACCACACUAUCUACCAAGAGUUUAUCUAUAUUCUUCAUAGCUGUCUAUUUACCACCACAAACCAAUGCUGGCACUAAGACUGCACUCAAUGAGCUGUAUAAGGCCAUAAGUCAACAGGAUAACGCUCAUCCAGAGGCAGCGCUCCUAGUGGCCGGGGACUUUAAUGCAGGGAAACUUAAAUCCGUUCUACCUAAUUUCUACCAGCAUGUUAAAUGUGCAACCAGAGGAAAAAAAUCUCUAGACCACCUUUACUCCACACACAGAGACGCAUACAAAGCUCUCCCUCGCCCUCCAUUUGGCAAAUCUGACCAUAACUCUAUCCUCCUGAUUCCUGCUUACAAGCAAAAACUAAAGCAGGAAGCACCAGUGACUCGUCAAUAAAAAAGUGAAAAUAGGCCUAUUUUUAACACUGAAAAUGCUUUUUCUAAAUUAAAUGAUCAAUGAGACAUUGUUGCAUACAAGGAUAUUAUACCAUGUAGGGGUAAGGAUAUAAGAUAAACAGAGUAGAGGCAGCUUGUAUGUGAGUAGGUGUGUAGAGUCAGUAUAAAGGUAUGUGUGAGCAACUGAUGGAGUGAGUGUUUGUGUGGGGGGAAUUAUCAACGUUUCCAGUCACAAUUUUUGCAUUUACCUCAUAUAAUGACUUCUGUGAUUUUGAUCAAAUGAAGCUUGGUUUGUUCUAAGGUAACUUUAAUAUGCUGAAACUGUACUUUUGUAUUUGUAUAAGAAGUGUAAACGUACGUAAGUAAUGUGUACAUUUAACUAAUGCGCGUACGAACGAGAAAAUAGAACCCUUUAAUCUGCACAUGCUUGGAAUUGUUGCAUUAUUCAAGUGUGUAAUAUGGUUUGGUUGCUUUAUUCGAGAGUGUAUCUAAUAUGUUUUAGUGGAAAAGUUGCUGGCGUUGUUGAAUAGUAAGUGUGCAUGCUAACUGGCUAGCUCAUCAGGGGCUACAGCGAUACUGAUACUUACAGUACAUUUGGAGCUGCAGUGCAGGAAUGUCACGUCGCCAGCCAAAACCAAAGGUAAAGCAAGGAGGUCAUGUCAAUUGAAUGUAAGUUUUGGCGCUGCCUCUAUUGGCGCUGCCUCUACUUAAAUGUUUGUCAAUGAAAAUAGCCUUUAAAUGCUACGAUCAGGAGAGGAGAAGGGGGGGAGGGGGGGGGGGGGUAACUAAAGAACAGUAAGACAGAAUCUCGUCUUACCUGUGUGGCUGCACACACACACACACACACAGUGUCUUCUCUGUGUUCUAGAACAACAAUCUCGUCAGGCCUGUGUGGCUGUUUGCUUACACUCACACACACACACACACACACACACACACACACUCACCCCUGUCCUCCUCCUCCUCCUCCUCCUCCUCCUCAUCCUCCUCAGGGCUACACGUCGUUCUGGAACGACUGCAUCUCGUCAGGGCUGCGUGGCUGCAUGCUGAUAGAGCUGGCCAUCAGAGGACGCCUACACCUGGAGGCCUGUGGCAUGAGGAGGAAAAGCCUGCUCGCCAGAAAGGUAGGGAAUCCUGACCAAACUGACCAACUCUCGAAAGUGUGUGUUGCCAGUGUUGUGACUUUUGCCUAUGGAUAUUCAAGAUCAUUUACAGAUUUUUAAUUGCUCUAAUUUAUUUAAUUAAUUUGGUUUCCUAUUCAAAUAAAUCUAAGAGGGGAACCAUUUAAGGGUUUUGAUAUAGAGACCCCUUGAAUUAACUCUAUCAGUAGUUAUCAUUAACCAUUUUACACCAUUUAAUACUAUAUCAACAAUAGUCCUAAUCAACAGUUCAUUUACUAUGUUGUCGAGCUCUCAGACGAAUCCAAUCGCCCGUUAAGGACUUCAAUGCAACAACGGAUUUACUUCAAAGUUUUAUUACUGGACUUAACAUAGAUUGAAAAUGAGGAAGGUGCAGUUGUCUUAAUAGACCCAAGGUACAAAUGGAAAAACGCAGUACAAUCAUUGACGUGGGGAACUCUACAGAUCAAUUGAAUAGGCUUAUGUAGCCUACUCACAGGCAACACUUUGGAGAAUUGGAAAUUCUUAUUUGUGAGAACAGGAGAAGUGUUGAGAGACUACAUCAGUAAAACUUCCCAGCCGUGAAACGAAAUGUUCCCUGAUCAGGGGUAAACUGGCCCGGUUACAGGUUAACACCCGCCGUGGACAGAGCCAGGACAGUAUUGGUUGUUGAUAUGUCAUUACGACUAACAGUCUUACAGUGAUCAGCCACUGCCACCACUUUUACACAGACACAGGGUCACCCAAAGGGAAAUCAAAUGCAAUGAUGUACGUGAUUUACGUGUAUUUUUAGCUGAUUCAGUUGGGUUUCCAUUAUGACUGAGAUGAAACAUGGAAAAGGUCAGUGGUCCCGGCAGCUGGACUUGCAGCCGAAGAAGCUUCUUCCCUCGUCGGAGCUCACGCAUAGGAGCCCGUCGUUCUCUCUCAAAAGUGAUGAUGUCGGUUGUUGCGAGACGGGAGGGGCCCGUUCUCUUUCUCUCUCGGACUCAGUCCUCAAUUCUAUUCAGUCCAAAGAGAUAACGUUUUUAAGGCACUAGGGUGCAGUGGAAUGUUUCGGGUCCCCUUAGGGAAAGAUAAAACUCAGCGGUCGUGAGUGAGCAGAGGGUUUCUCGGCAAAGUUCCUCUCAGGUGAUUCAUCUGUAUGAGCUGGAUAAGGCUUCCUCGAUCGGAGUUUUGGGUUUCCAAGGAGAUGGGAUCAUUUUGUCCCACGGACGUGGCCUCGUCUUAAGGAACUUGAUUCUAAUUUCUGGUAAGUAAAGGCCUCUAAUUUAUAGGGAGACUCACAGAAGGCGGGCUCUAAUGGCCGGACAGUGUCAUUGGGACCGCCACGUUGAUUGUAAGGAUUCUGCAUGGCGAUGUUCAUAUGAUUAUACCUAAGAGACUAAUAGGUGUUCACAGUUUCACUUCAUUCCCGAUGAUGAAAAACGUAGCCUGUAGGGUUCAAACAACGACCGUGGUUCCUUUACACUCUCUGUAUGUUACAGCAAAAUAUACAGUAAAUUCUUCUUUUUAAUGACAGGAAAAUCAGAAGAAAGAUAUUCAAGUUAAAUCAACAUGUCAUGAGUCCCUCAGUUUUUUUUACGGAGAAGAAAGCGUGUUUUAAAUGUCCUUUUGCGCACUUGGCGCCAUUUUCUCUUUGUUACAAAGAGUAACAAUUCCUGACUUUCCUCUUGGGAUAUACACAUGCAGAUCACCAGGUGGUCUGCUGACUUGCAGAAGGGUCUGGUUUCGGUCUCCUGAGCUGCUCAGCUCAGUUCAGAGCCGGAAAUGAAGAGCAGGUUCGGAACCACUAAACAGUUACCUCAAGUUGCAAAAGAAAACAGGAGCUGCCUCCACUAUUCCAGCACCAUUUCAACGUGACAACUAAAAGAUACCAAAAACGAUUUAGUCCAAUGAACAUAAAGCUAAAUAUGAUGUGGCUGUCCAUGGUUCUGAUUUCUGUUUAGUAGAAAAACAUGUUGACUCACCCUACUUGUAGAAGAGUGACGCCAAUGCCAUCCUCCUCUCUUUCAUGUUUCUGUUAAUGAUGAAUGCUCUCAAAGCGAUUUUGAUAGGAGAGAAGCCAAAUCCAAGCUCGCUUCCCUUGACACUUUAAUUUUUUUCCGCCAGGACCAUUCACAGUUGAGCGCGCUCAGUUUAGCUCAAAGCUGAUUUGGCUAAUUUUUAUAUACUUUGUUUGUCAAGGGAGACCAGAUGGUCGCUGGUUUCCCUUGCCUUCAAAUGCUACGGGCGGCAACAAUGUCAUACUGGUUUGGACCAGACAGCAUCAGAUAGAUGGCCUACAUUUUAGAGAGACAAAGGGUUGCUGUGCUUGGAUGCUUUCUCCUGUGAGAUACAUUCAGCCUCUUGCGAAUUGAAGGAAAAUUAUGGAACACAGAGAGACAAAUUAGUAUUUAUUUUUGGUGCAUUUUUGGGAGAAGCCUGGCUUCCCUUGGCAUCCAUGAAUACAUGCCACCGAUGACAGACUAGGAGCAGCACAGGGGUUUGGUUGGUGAGUAUGAGCAUCCCAUACCUUGCCACAAGGGGGAACUAUUGGGGGCGAGACUACCUAUUUCUCCACAUAGCAGGAUUACUAUUGUAUGUCACUUCCAGAGGACGGACUGCCGGUCAAUACAACCUGACACUUAAGUGCAUACACUAAACUGAGAUCAAUCAGCGCGUGUCAGCCAAUGGCCUAGGGUCUAGUUUGAAUUCCAUCUGCCACUUCUGCCAACCGCAGUUCUUCGUAGUGGACUGAGGUUAGAAGGCAUCUUCCUCACUGAAUGGCAAUAUAGUUUUAUAGGCAAGUUAGGGAAGCAGACGAGCCGCUGGAGGGUUGCAUGCAAAAAUACAUUAAGACAAUGGACAAAGUAUUCUUCUGCUUAUUCUGACUGUUGUAUUUAGCCUGUUCUGACUGUUGUAUUUACCCUGUUCUGACUGUUGUAUUUAGCCUGUUCUGACUGUUGUAUUUAGCCUGUUCUGACUGUUGUAUUUAGCCUGUUCUGACUGUUGUAUUUAGCCUGUUCUGACUGUUUUAUUUAGGCCUGUUCUGACUGUUGUAUUUAGCCUGUUCUGACUGUUGUAUUUAGCCCUGUUCUGACUGUUGUAUUUAGCCUGUUCUGACUGUUGUAUUUAGCCUGUUUCUGACUGUUGUAUUUAGCCUGUUCUGACUGUUGUAUUUAGCCUGUUCUGACUGUUGUAUUUAGCCUGUUCUGACUGUUGUAUUUAGCCUGUUCUGACUGUUGUAUUUAGCCUGUUCUGACUGUUGUAUUUACCCUGUUUCUGACUGUUGUAUUUAGCCUGUUCUGACUGUUGUAUUUACCCUGUUCUGACUGUUGUAUUUAGCCUGUUCUGACUGUUGUAUUUAGCCUGUUCUGACUGUUGUAUUUACCCUGUUCUGACUGUUGUAUUUAGCCUGUUCUGACUGUUGUAUUUAGCCUGUUCUGACUGUUGUAUUUAGCCUGUUCUGACUGUUGUAUUUAGCCUGUUCUGACUGUUGUAUUUAGCCUGUUCUGACUGUUGUAUUUAGCCUGUUCUGACUGUUGUAUUUAGCCUGUUCUGACUGUUGUAUUUACCCUGUUCUGACUGUUGUAUUUAGCCUGUUCUGACUGUUGUAUUUAGCCUGUUCUGACUGUUGUAUUUAGCCUGUUCUGACUGUUGUAUUUAGCCUGUUCUGACUGUUGUAUUUAGCCUGUUCUGACUGUUGUAUUUAGCCUGUUCUGACUGUUGUAUUUACCCUGUUCUGACUGUUGUAUUUAGCCUGUUCUGACUGUUGUAUUUAGCCUGUUCUGACUGUUGUAUUUACCCUGUUCUGACUGUUGUAUUUAGCCUGUUCUGACUGUUGUAUUUAGCCUGUUCUGACUGUUGUAUUUAGCCUAGAAGUUGUGUUCUGACUGAGUAGUUGUGUCAUCUCCAGGUGAUCUGUAUUGAAUGGCAGUAUUGUUUUUGUUCCGAGUGUGUUCUAUAUACAGUUGGCUAAAGCUGUUUCAGGUUCUGACUGUGCGGUUGUAUUGUGUCUCCCAGGUGAUCUGUAAGUCAGAUGCUCCGACGGGAGACGUGCUAUUGGACGAGGCUCUGAAACACGUAAAGGACACCCAGCCCCCAGAGACGGUGCAGAGCUGGAUUGAGCUGCUCAGUGGUGAGUGUGUUAGAGCCACACUUUAACAUACAGAGUGGUCUCAGCCAGGCUAACCACCAAACAGACAGGUUAGCUACUAACAGAGUGGUCUCAGCCAGGCUAACCACCAAACAGACAGGUUAGCUACUAACAGAGUGGUCUCAGCCAGGCUAACCACCAAACAGACAGGUUAGCUACUAACAGAGUGGUCUCAGCCAGGCUAACCAUCAAACAGACAGGUUAGCUACUAACAGAGUGGUCUCAGCCAGGCUAACCACCGAACAGACAGGUUAGCUACUAACAGAGUGGUCUCAGCCAGGCUAACCACCGAACAGACAGGUUAGCUACUAACAGAGUGGUCUCAGCCAGGCUAACCACCGAACAGACAGGUUAGCUACUAACAGAGUGGUCUCAGCCAGGCUAACCACCGAACAGACAGGUUAGCUACUAACAGAGUGGUCUCAGCCAGGCUAACCACCGAACAGACAGGUUAGCUACUAACAGAGUGGUCUCAGCCAGGCUAACCACCGAACAGACAGGUUAGCUACUAACAGAGUGGUCUCAGCCAGGCUAACCACCGAACAGACAGGUUAGCUACUAACAGAGUGGUCUCAGCCAGGCUAACCACCGAACAGACAGGUUAGCUACUAACAGAGUGGUCUCAGCCAGGCUAACCACCAAACAGACAGGUUAGCUACUAACAGAGUGGUCUCAGCCAGGCUAACCACCAAACAGACAGGUUAGCUACUAACAGAGUGGUCUCAGCCAGGCUAACCACCAAACAGACAGGUUAGCUACUAACAGAGUGGUCUCAGCCAGGCUAACCACCAAACAGACAGGUUAGCUACUAACAGAGUGGUCUCAGCCAGGCUAACCACCAAACAGACAGGUUAGCUACUAACAGAGUGGUCUCAGCCAGGCUAACCACCAAACAGACAGGUUAGCUACUAACAGAGUGGUCUCAGCCAGGCUAACCACCAAACAGACAGGUUAGCUACUAACAGAGUGGUCUCAGCCAGGCUAACCACCAAACAGACAGGUUAGCUACUAACAGAGUGGUCUCAGCCAGGCUAACCACCAAACAGACAGGUUAGCUACUAACAGAGUGGUCUCAGCCAGGCUAACCACCAAACAGACAGGUUAGCUACUAACAGAGUGGUCUCAGCCAGGCUAACCACCAAACAGACAGGUUAGCUACUAACAGAGUGGUCUCAGCCAGGCUAACCACCAAACAGACAGGUUAGCUACUAACAGAGUGGUCUCAGCCAGGCUAACCACCAAACAGACAGGUUUACUACUGACAGAGUGGUCUCAGCCACUAGGUGGCAGUAGUGGUUGUGUUUUGAGUUUUGAUUCUAACUGUGUGAUUGUAUUGGUAGUAGUUGUAGUAGUUGUAUUGGAUACAUUUGUGUUUAGUUAUUACAGUUAUAUUAUAGAAAAACCAAAGCCUGUAACACCUUCCCCCUUAAGACAAUAAAUAUAUCCAAGUUUGCUCACGACCAACAGAACUUCCAUUUCACAACAUGAUCAACUAAUGUGUUGCCUUCUGCGAUAUAAACAUGGUGUCUACUGGCUGUCAAUACUGAAAUACAAGACCAAACAGCCAUAUAUAUAAUAUAUAUAUACACACACAGUUGAAGUCAGAAGUUUAGAUUCACUUAGGUUGGAGUCAUUAAAACUCGUUUUUCAACCACUCCACACAUUUCAUGUUAACAAACUAUAAUUUUGGCAAGUUGGUUAGGACAUCUACUUUGUGCAUGACACAAGUAAUUUUUCCAACAAUUGUUUACAGACAGAUUAUUUCACUUAUAAUUCACUGUAUCACAAUUCCAGUGGGUCAAAAGUUUACAUACACUAAGUUGACUGUGCCUUUUAAAAAGCUUAGAAAAUUCCAGAAAAUUAUGUCAUGGCUUUAGAAGCUUCAGAAGAAAAAUUGUAGACCUCCACAAGUCUGGUUCAUCCUUGGGAGCAAUUUCCAAACGCCUGAAGGUACCACGUUCAUCUGUACAAACAAUAGUACGCAAGUAUAAACUCUAUGGGACCACGCAGCCGUCAUACCGCUCAGGAAGGAGACAUGUUCUGUCUCCGAGAGAUGAACGUACUUUGGUGCGAAAAGUGCAAAUCAAUCCCAGAACAACUGCAAAGGACCUUGUGAAGAUGCUGGAGGAAACAGGUAUAACAGUAUCUAUAUCCACAGUAAAACAAGUCCUAUAUCGACAGAACCUGAAAGGCCGCUCAGCAAGGAAGAAGCCACUGCUCCAAAACCGCCAUAAAAAAGCCAGACUACGGUUUGCAACUGCACAUGGGGACAAAGAUGGUACUUUUUGGAGAAAUGUCCUCUGGUCUGAUGAAACAAAAUUAGAACUGUUUGGCCAUAAUGACCAUCGUUAUGUUUUGAGGAAAAGGGUGGUGCUUGCAAGCUGAAGAACACCAUCCCAACCGUGAAGCACGGGAUUGGCAGCAUCAUGCUGUUGGGGUGCUUUGCUGCAGGAGGGACUGGUGCACUUCACAAAAUAGAUGGCAUCAUGAGGAAGGAAAAUUAUGUGGAUAUAUUGAAGCAACAUCUCAAGACAUCAGUCAGGAAGUUAAAGCUUGGUCGCAAAUGGGUCUUCCAAAUGGACAAUGACCCCAAGCAUACUUCCAUAGUUGUGGCAAAAUGGUUGACCCAAGUUAAACAAUUUAAAGGCAAUGCUACCAAAUACUAAUUGAGCGUAUGUAAACUUCUGACCCACUGGGAAUGUGAUGAAAGAAAUAAAAGCUUAAAUAAAUCAUUCUCUCUACUAUUAUUCUGAAAUUUCACAUUCUUAAAAUAAAGUGGUGAUCCUAACUGACCUAAGACAGGGAAUCUUUACUAGGAUUAAAUGUCAGGAAUUGUGAAAAACUGAGUUUAAAUGUAUUUGGCUAAGGUGUAUGUAAACUUCAGACUUCUUCUACUGUGUCUUUAUCUCUGCAGAACACUAGUUGGUAUUAGCUAGCCCAACUUGUGUUAGGGAUGUGCGCGGUUAUUGGAAUAUCCGAAUGGACGUUAGUAUUCUAAUAAAAUAAAAUAAAAGUCCCACAACGUCAUGCAGCCUAAAGGUGACCUCCUCUCCUUCUAAUCAGGGGCUCAUUCAGACCUGGGCCUUGUCUUGUCUUAAGGGUAUUCUGAUCCUGCAGAAGAGACAGCCUAAAGGUAACCUCCUCUCCUUCUAAUCAGGGGCUAAUUCAGACCUGGGCCUUGUCUUGUCUUAAGGGUAUUCUGAUCCUGCAGAAGAGACAGUGUAAUUAGUUUAAAAUCUGUUUGUGCUGCGAAUGACCAUACAGUGAGGGGAAAAAAGUAUUUGAUCCCCUGCUGAUUUUGUACGUUUGCCCACUGACAAAGAAAUUAUCAGUCUAUAAUUUUAAUGGUAGGUGUAUUUGAACACUGAGAGACAGAAUAACAACAACAAAAAUUCAGAAAAACGCAUGUCAAAAAUGUUAUAAAUUGAUUUGCAUUUUAAUGAGGGAAAUAAGUAUUUGACCCCUUUGCAAACAUGACUUAGUACUUGGUGGCAAAACCCUUGUUGGCAAUCACAGAGGUCAGACGUUUCUUGUAGUUGGCCACCAGGUUUGCACACAUCUCAGGAGGAAUUUUGUCCCACAAACAAACAAAAUAACUUUCUUCUGAGACUCUUCAGUCUAUUCUUGUUCUGAGAAAUGAAGGCUAUUCUAUGCGAGAAAUUGCCAAUAAAUUGAAGAUCUCGUUCAACGCUGUGUAUUACUCCCUUCACAGAACAGCGCAAACUGUCUCUAACCAGAAUAGAAAGAGGAGUGGGAGGCCCCGGUGCACAACUGAGCAAGAGGACAAAUACAUUAGUGCAGGGUUCUUCAAUUCUGGUCCUGGAGGGCUGAAACACCUCUGUUUUUCAUCCUCUCCUUCUAAUCAGGGGCUAAUUCAGACCUGGGACACCAGGUGAGUGCAAUUAACUAGCAGGUAGAAAUAAAAAACAGAAGUGUUUCGGCCCUCCAGGACCGGAAUUGAAGAACCCUGCAUUAGUGUCUAGUUUGAGAAACAGACGCCUCACAGGUCCUCAACUGGCAGCUUCAUUAAAUAGUACCCGCAAAACACCAGUCUCAACGUCAACAGUGAAGAGGCGACUCCGGGAUGCUGACCUUCUAGGCAGAGUAGCAAAGAAAAAACCAUAUCUCAGACUGGCCAAUAAAAAGAAAAGAUUAAGAUGGGCAAAAGAACACUGACAGAGGAGGAAGAUUGGAAAAAAGUUUUAUGGACGAAUCGAAGUUUGAGGUGUUCGGUUCACAAAGAAGAACAUUUGUGAGACGCAGACCAAAUGAAAAGAUGCUGCAGGAGUGCUUGAUGCCAUCUGUCAAGCAUGGUGGAGGCAAUGUGAUGGUCUGGGGGUGCUUUGGUGGUAAAGUGGGAGAUUUUGUACAUGGUAAAAGGGAUCUUGAAGAUGGAAGGCUAUCACUCCAUUUUGCAACACCAUGCCAUAAUACCCUGUGGACGGCGCUUGAUUGGAGCCAAUUUCCUCCUACAACAGGACAAUGACCAAAAGCACAGCUCCAAACUAUGCAAGAACUAUUUAGGAAAUAAGCAGUCAGCUGGUAUUCUGUCUAUAAUGGAGUGGCCAGCACAGUCACCGGAUCUCAACCCUAUUGAGCUGUUGUGGGAGCAGCUUGACCGUAUGGUACGUAAGAAGUGCCCAUCAAGCCAAUCCAACUUGUGGGAGAUGCUUCAGGAAGCUUGGGGUGAAAUCUCUUCAGAUUACCUCAACAAAUUGACAACUAGAAUGCCAAAGUUCUGCAAAGCUGGAAUUGCUGCAAAUGGAGGAUUCUUUGACGAAAGCAAAGUUUGAAGGACACAAUUAUUAUUUCCAUUAAAAAUCAUUAUAUCUAACCUUUCCUAUACCUUUCCUUUCCUAUUAUAUCUAACAUUUCCUAUGCAUUUUGCUAUAUUUCCCAUUCACACUGAUUUAAUGUAUGUUUUCAUGGAAUACAAGGACAUUUCUAAGUGACCCCAAACUUUUGAACUUAGUGUGUGUGUGUGUGUAUAUAUAUAUAUAUAUAUAUAUAUAUAUAUACAUACAUACAUACAUACAUACAUACAUACAUACAUACAUACAUACAUACAUACAUACAUACAUACAUACAUACAUACAUACAUACAGUGGGGGGAAAAAAGUAUUUAGUCAGCCACCAAUUGUGCAAGUUCUCCCACUUAAAAAGAUGAGAGAGGCCUGUAAUUUUCAUCAUAGGUACACGUCAACUAUGACAGACAAAAUGAGAAAAAAAAUUCCAGAAAAUCACAUUGUAGGAUUUUUAAUGAAUUUAUUUGCAAAUUAUGGUGGAAAAUAAGUAUUUGGUCAAUAACAAAAGUUUCUCAAUACUUUGUUAUAUACCCUUUGUUGGCAAUGACACAGGUCAAACGUUUUCUGUAAGUCUUCACAAGGUUUUCACACACUGUUGCUGGUAUUUUGGCCCAUUCCUCCAUGCAGAGCAGUGAUGUUUUGGGGCUGUCGCUGGGCAACACAGACUUUCAACUCCCUCCAAAGAUUUUCUAUGGGGUUGAGAUCUGGAGACUGGCUAGGCCACUCCAGGACCUUGAAAUGCUUCUUACGAAGCCACUCCUUCGUUGCCCGGGCGGUGUGUUUGGGAUCAUUGUCAUGCUGAAAGACCCAGCCACGUUUCAUCUUCAAUGCCCUUGCUGAUGGAAGGAGGUUUUCACUCAAAAUGAAAACAAAAAUUUUUCACUCAAAAAAUAAUGAUGUUUCCACCCCAUGCUUCACAAUAGGUAUGGUGUUCUUUGGAUGCAACUCAGCAUUCUUUGUCCUCCAAACACAACGAGUUGAGCUUUUACCAAAAAGUUAUAUUUUGGUUUCAUCUGACCAUAUGACAUUCUCCCAAUCCUCUUCUGGAUCAUCCAAAUGCACUCUAGCAAACUUCAGACGGGCCUGGACAUGUACUGGCUUAGGCAGGGGGAUACGUCUGGCACUGCAGGAUUUGAGUCCCUGGCGGCGUAGUGUGUUACUGAUGGUAGGCUUUGUUACUUUGGUCCCAGCUCUCUGCAGGUCAUUCACUAGGUCCCCCCGUGUGGUUCUGGGAUUUUUGCUCACCGUUCUUGUGAUCAUUUUGACCCCACGGGGUGAGAUCUUGCGUGGAGCCCCAGAUCGAGGGAGAUUAUCAGUGGUCUUGUAUGUCUUCCAUUUCCUAAUAAUUGCUCCCACAGUUGAUUUCUUCAAACCAAGCUGCUUACCUAUUGCAGAUUCAGUCUUCCCAGCCUGGUGCAGGUCUACAAUUUCGUUUCUGGUGUCUUUUGACAGCUCUUUGGUCUUGGCCAUAGUGGAGUUUGGAGUGUGACUGUUUGAGGUUGUGGACAGGUGUCUUUUAUACUGAUAACAAGUUCAAACAGGUGCCAUUAAUACAGGUAACGAGUGGAGGACAGAGGAGCCUCUUAAAGAAGAAGUUACAGGUCUGUGAGAGCCAGAAAUCUUGCUUGUUUGUAGGUGACCAAAUACUUAUUUUCCACCAUAAUUUGCAAAUAAAUUCAUUAAAUGUCCUACAAUGUGAUUUUCGUUAGUGGGAAGGUUGGCUGUUAUCGAAUUGCGGACAUAUGUCACAUUCAACCACGAUGCUUUGAACUCUGUAGCGCGCUUAACACCUCUCUCUCUCCCCUUCCCCCCCCUGCAGGCGAGACGUGGAACCCUCUGAAACUGCACUACCAGCUGAGGAACGUGAGGGAGCGCCUGGCCAAGAACCUGGUGGAAAAGGGCGUGCUGACCACGGAGAAACAGAACUUCCUCCUCUUCGACAUGACCACGCACCCUCUCACCAACAACAACAUCAAACAACGCCUCAUCAAGAGGGUUCAGGAGGCCGUGUUGGAGAAAUGGGUCAACGACCCGCACCGCAUGGACAAACGGAUGCUGGCCCUCAUCUUCCUGGCCCACUCGUCUGAUGUCCUGGAGAAUGCCUUCGCCCCCCUGCUGGACGACCAGUAUGACCUGGCCAUGAAGAGAGUACGGCAGCUACUGGACCUGGAGCCAGAGGGGGAGAGCAUGAAGACCAACGCCAAUGAGUUGUUGUGGGCGGUGGUGGCUGCCUUCACCAAGUGACCUGACCUACCACCUUCAGACACCAGAGGGUGCUGUUGGGAGAGGACAGGACAGUUUGGGGAGGGACAAAGAGGAGAGGGCUGGUCUGUCUGGCUCCUCAAGGUAGUGACUUAACUGACUUGAGGUCACCUCCCUCUGCCUUCUGAACAGAAUGGCCUGCCUCAGACCUGUCCCACAGUUUUCUGAACAGUAUGGCCUGCUCCAGACCUGUCCCACAGCUUUCUGAACAGUAUGGCCUGGUCCAGACCUGUCCCACAGCUUUCUGAACAGAAUGGACUGGUCCAGACCUGUCCCACAGCUUUCUGAACAGAAUGGACUGGUCCAGACCUGUCCCACAGCUUUCUGAACAGAAUGGACUGGUCCAGACCUGUCCCACAGCUUUCUGAACAGAAUGGACUGGUCCAGACCUGUCCCACA